AUGACACUCUUCACGCCCUCCCCAUCCGACCUAAAAACCCUCUCCAGCACCCCCAAAACCAUCCUCAUAACCGGCGGCUCCUCCGGCAUCGGCCUCGCAACAGCAACCCUCCUCUCAUCUCUAAACCCGUCCCACAACCUCAUCCUGCUCGAUCUCCAACCCCCACCUCCAACCUUCACCCACUCGCCAUCCAACCUGCUCACCCACACCUGCGACAUAACCUCCUGGCCCUUCCAACGCGCUGGAUUCGCAGCAGGCCACGCGCGCUUCGGCCGUAUAGACUGUGUAUUCGUCAACGCAGGAAUAGCCGAACACGGCGACCAAUUCUUCAACGAUGCAUUGGAUAGCGAGGGAGAACUAGCGGAACCAGAUCACCGAACGCUGACGCUGGAUAUGAAUGCCGCGGCUUCGACAACCAAACUCGCCAUCUACUACCUGCGGAAAAACGGGCCAGAGGGCGGUUCUAUUGUGUUGACGGCGAGUUUAGCGGGGUAUCUGGCUUCAGCGGGUGCGCCGUUGUAUUCUGCGGCGAAACAUGGGGUGGUGGGCUUGAUGAGGGCGUUGAAGCAGGAAUGUGCGAAACUGGGGAUUAGUAUUUCGGUUGUUGCGCCUGCGAUUACGGUUACGCCUAUUCUGACGGCGAAUAACACUAAGUUGGCUAUGCAGCCUGAUGCGUAUGCGAAGCAGAUGGCGGAGGCGGGUGUGCCGAUCAAUCGACCUGAAGCCGUGGCGCUGGCGGUGUGUUGGUUGUUCAAUGAGGGCAGCAAGGCGAAUGGUGCGGGCAUAUUCAUCCAAGCGGAUCGAUUUGCGGAUUUGGAGACAGGUUUGGCGAAGAGCAGGCAGGCGUGGAUGGGUAAGGAGAUGUUGGAUCUGUUUCGUGGGGGAAGAAACGCGCCGUUGUUUGCAAGGCUGGAACAGGAUGAGGUCAAGGCGAAAAUAUAA